CCUCUGUAUUGCCUUGCCGUGUGCUGCCUCUCCUCGUCUCCUUUCCCUCGAUUCCAUCGUUCUUUCUUCUCUCUCUCUCUCAUUCUUUUUGCCAGUAAUGGCAGUGCAUCAUCAGUGCCACUGCAUUAAAAGAGCGAGAAGAGAGUUUUCAUCGGGAAGGUAAAAAAUUAAAAAAAAAAUACACACAAACUCAAAACUUUUUUUUUCCCACUAUCUACUUCCCUUACAAACCCUAAUUUUGUUUCUUACAUUACAAACAACUCUCCCCCCCAAAAAAAAAAAAAAAAUCCUCUCUUCUGAUUUUAUAACUGAGAUCUUUCUUACAAAGUAUCACUAUUUGUUUCUUUUUAAAAAACCCCCCCAAAAGCCUCAACCUUUUCGAAGCUAAAAUCCCGGGAGUGGGGAUUUAUAUAAUACCAAAAGAGAGAGAGAAUUUUAUAAUUUACUACAAAUUUCGGGUUCGGAGAGAUAUUCUUAUUUUCAAAUGGAUGUUCCAAGUGGGAAUUGUUCUGGAGGUAUGAUGAAUUUUGGUGAUCAAAAUAAUAAUAACAACAACAAUAAUGGGUUAUGUUCUAUGAUGAUGAUGAUGCCAUUAAUCUCUGCUUCUCAACAAGGUGGAGAUGGUUCUUCAUGUACUCCAUUUCUUCCUCUUCCUCCUCCUAAUUACAACAACAACAACAAUACUUCUAUUUGUAAUUACUUCAUGGACGAAACCAACAACAACAACAACGACGAGAGUAGUAAUGGCGCCAAUUCUUGUUGUGAAGUAAAGGCUAAAAUCAUGGCUCAUCCUCACUACCACCGUCUCCUUGCUGCCUAUGUCAACUGUCGUAAGGUGGGGGCGCCGCCGGAAGUGGUGGCGCGGCUUGAAGAAGCGUGUGCUAGUGCGGUAACAAUGAGUAGUGGUAAUAAUGGUGGUGGGUGUAUUGGGGAAGAUCCAGCGCUUGAUCAGUUUAUGGAAGCUUAUUGUGAGAUGCUUACCAAAUACGAACAAGAACUUUCCAAACCCUUUAGAGAUGCUAUGCUUUUUCUUCAACGAAUUGACUCUCAAUUCAAAGCUCUCUCUAUUUCCUCCUCUCAUCUCCCUCCAGCUUGUGGCGAGGCGUUUGAUAGGAACGGAUCAUCUGAAGAGGAAGUUGACAUCAAUGGGCACUCGAUCGACCCUCAAGCGGAAGAUCGUGAACUGAAAGGUCAGCUCCUGCGCAAAUACAGUGGAUACUUAGGCAGUUUGAAACAAGAAUUCAUGAAGAAAAGGAAGAAAGGGAAGUUACCUAAGGAAGCCAGACAACAACUUCUGGAUUGGUGGAGCAGACAUUACAAAUGGCCUUAUCCAUCUGAAUCACAGAAGUUAGCUUUAGCUCAAUCAACGGGGUUAGAUCAAAAGCAAAUCAACAAUUGGUUCAUCAACCAAAGAAAAAGACACUGGAAACCAUCUGAAGAUAUGCAAUUUGUGGUGAUGGAUGCUGCUCAUCCACAGUAUUACAUGGAUACUGUCUUAGGGAAUCCUUUUCCCUUGGAUAUAUCUCCUGCUCUACUUUAAUUUUAAUUAAAUUUGCAUAUUGUUAUGAUUUUAAUAUAAAGUCACACUCAUAUAUGGUGGUGGUGGUGAUGGCCUUUUUUUUUUUUUUUUUUUUUUUUUUUUUUUGUGUAUGAAUGUUUGAGGAAUGUUUCACCUGGUUUGACAGAACAUAUAUAUUUAUAUAUAUAUAUGCUUUUUUACUUAUUACUUCAUAUCAAAAUGUAGUCCCAACGGAGAUGUUAGAAUUUAUAUGAAACUUGCUUUUGUAUACGUGUUUUUUUUA